GGAGGAGGAGGACGCGGACUCGGCGGACGCGGCCGGGCGGUCUCUCCGCCCCCAAGAUGGCGGCGGCGCUGAGGGGCCGCGCGGGCCCGGGCGGGGCCCCGGCGCUGUGGCGGGUCCAGAGCCGGGGGAGGAGCACUUUUGACGUGGUGGUGGUGGGUGCCGGGAUCGUGGGACUGGCAGCAGCCCGGGAGCUCAUCCAGCGUCACCCCUCGCUGUCCUUCGCCGUGCUGGAGAAGGAGAAGGAGCUGGCUCAUCACCAGAGUGGAAAUAACAGUGGUGUGAUCCACAGUGGGAUUUACUACACCCCUGGCUCCCUGAAGGCCAAGCUGUGUGUGCAGGGUGCAGCCCUCUGCUACCAGUACUGUGACCAGAAGGGAAUUCCAUACAAACAGUGUGGGAAGCUGAUUGUAGCCGUGGAACAGGAUGAAAUCCCGAGGCUCAAGGCUCUGUAUGAGAGGGGGCUGCAGAACAACGUCCCAGGGCUGAAACUCAUCGGGGCAAAGGAAAUCCAAGCCAAGGAGCCCUUCUGCAGGGGUCUGAUGGCCCUUGAUUCUCCAUACACUGGCAUUGUGAAUUACAAACAAGUGGCCCAGUCCUAUGCAGAAGAUUUCCAGGAAGCAGGUGGGACAAUCUUGAUGGAUUUUGAAGUCACAAACAUGGAGAUGGCUAAAGAAAGUUCUCCAGGAAGUGAAGAUGGACUGAAGUACCCAGUCAUUGUUAGGAACAAAAAGGGUGAGGAAAUCUCCUGUGGGCACCUUUUGACCUGUGCAGGGCUUUACUCCGACCGCCUCUCCGAGAUCAGCGGCUGCAGCCCCGAGCCCAGGAUUGUCCCGUUCCGGGGGGAUUAUUUGGUGCUGAAACCAGAAAAGUGCUAUUUGGUGAAAGGGAAUAUUUACCCGGUUCCCAACCCUCGGUUCCCCUUCCUGGGAUUCCAUUUCACGCCCAGGAUGGACGGCAGCGUUUGGCUUGGACCUAAUGCAGUGUUGGCCUUUAAGAGAGAGGGCUACAACCUGUUUGACUUCAGCACUGGAGACUUUUGGGAUGCUGUAACCUACAGUGGGCUGUGGAAGCUCGUGCUCAGGAACGUGUCCUACGGCGUGGGGGAGAUGUACAGGGCCUGUUCCCUCAGCGCUCAGGUGAAGCAGCUCCAGAGGUUCAUCCCUGAGGUCACCACCAAUGAUGUGCUCAGGGGCCCCUCCGGAGUGAGAGCUCAGGCGCUGGACAGCGACGGGAAUUUGGUGGAUGACUUUGUGUUCGAUGGAGGCACCGGAGACCUCGGGAGCAGAGUCCUCCACGUCAGGAACGCCCCUUCCCCCGCUGCCACCUCCUCCCUCGCCAUCGCCGCGAUGAUCGCGGACGAGGCCAAGAGACGCUUUGAGUUGUGAGGGAUCGGAAGCUGUUGGGGAGGUUUCCCUCUGGAGCGUGGGACUGAACGAACUUCUUAAGGGCACAGAUCAAACGGGCGACGUGGUGCUUUCCAGGCCGGCGGAAAACCAGCGUUUGGAACGUUCUCCUUUGCCCACGGCUUCUCGGCGUCGUGGAUUAAGGAGCUGUGGUGCCUGGUGAGGUCCAGCCACCUGCAAGGGGGGGGCUUGUCCACCUGAGGAACCAGCACAACGUGAGGGUCUCCAACCACAGGUGGAGCAGGAAGAGCCUCUGUGGUGGGAUUAUCCGUAUUAUUCCCAUGCCUCUGGUUGGAACGUUGCCUCCUCGGAGAACUGGUGGGUCUGAAAAACCACAGGCACGGGGUGGCUCUCUGGGUGAUUUCUCUCUGAUUCCGUUUAAAUUGGAGCCUACAGCCCUCUAGAUUACAUGAAAGUAAUGGAAUAGAAGGAUAAGCCCUGCUUAAGGGUCCUGCUGAUAUGGAAUUAAGGGUUUUAUCAGAGAUUGAAAACAAUGUUCAGAGCCUUUGACGUGAAUGUAGAUUAUUUCACAGAAAAAUAAGCUUAACAAGGAUUACCAAACCCAAGUCCAUUUAGAUGUGCAAUUCAGAUACACUGUCUGAUCACUGCCUCUAUUUGUUAUAGAGCUGAAAAUGGAAAUAGGGACAUAAACAGUCAUUUUUCAUUUAAUUUACAGCUGGGAAUCAGCACUGAUCAGAAACUAUUUCAGUGGGUUUGGGUUUUUUUUUUUUACCUUUGAAUACUGGUAAUGCAGCAGGAGCUGAUCUUAGUGCAAGCUGUUGAGCAAUCCAGAGGAAAUGGUCUUUGCAAAAGCAAAUGUGAAGGGAGGGAAGCUCCAGAAACCUGCCUUAAUUGAGUCAUGUUGUUUCCCUGGGAGCCCAAACAGGGAUGAGUCAGGGAGGCUUCCCAUUUCCCACAGGGCUGGCACAGGGGGAGCUCAGACAGUGCUGGUGACUCUUCUGAACUCUGUUGAUACUCAGCUUUUUUCAGAGAUACACCUGGAAGAGUCUGGGGAGAGAGAGAUGUCAAAUAAUCUUGGUCCUGAGCUGAGUUAUCUCGGUGUGCUCUGCAGAGUUGCUAUAAAACAGAAUUUUAUGGCCUCAGGGACAAAGUGCUUGCUGAUACUUGUAAAGCAGAAGUUCACAGGAUGUUGGCUAACACAGAUCACUGUGGGCAGUUUGUACCAGGCAAGUUGUCACACAUUUUUUUCGUGAAAAAGUGAUUUUCUGAACUCCUCUGAGCAUGAAGUGUGGGUUAGCACAGGAGGGCAGGUGUGUGUCUGAUGUUUUACUGUGCAGAGCUGAGACACUUUUGAGGGGGGAAAAAAGGGCUUAACCUGCCUUUUUUCUUUUUUCUUAAUUUUUUUCUCCUGGUGACACCUGCUUUACCAGAAAAGCGACUCUUGGAAAUUCAAACCCCCUCAAAGCAAAGCUUUGCUCGCUGUUCCGAGCCUCAAAUACCAGGAGACAGAGAUUCAGUUAUUCCAGAUGCUCCAGUGCCACAGGGAUGUGUAAAACUCCUCACUGUGGAACAAUCCUCUCUUCCCUCCCUGCCAGAAGUGUUGCCUCUCAACAGUAAAAUCCUACAAAAGGGUUGCAAAACCAACUUCCUCCCACACGAGGUGUGGCCCUGACAUGUAUUAACAGAAUAAGGAACAUUGAAAUGUAAAGCAGACAGAGACCAGGGGGAAUCUUAAGUCAGCACAUUUCCCUGUGUUUCUUUCCUCUCAGGUGAUGGUUAUUUUGGGGUAAAGUUUAAUUGAAACUUAAAUUAUGAAUCUUGAUGUAGCAUUCUGUGAAAUACAAAUAUUUUUAGAGAUAAAAGUUAUAAACUGUCGUUAAAAAAAAUGACUUCAGAGAUUAUAAUAAUGGGGUUGCAGACAUAAAUCUUGUUGCCCAUGAAGCGUGAAAAUGUAUUAAUUUAUUUUCCAAAUGGGUCUAAUUCAUUUUGAUGACUUUAUAAAUGUGCCUUUUUCUAUUAUGAUUAAAA